AGGCGCACUCGCCUGUCUUCCUCAGCCCCCGGAGCUCCUGCCGGGCUUGGGUGGGCCCCUACCUACCGCGGAGGAGGCACCGGCGGCGGCGGCGGGAGUGACAGCGCCCGCGCGCGAGGCCCGGACGGAAAUGGCGAUGGCGAUGAUGUCGGACAGCGGGGCGAGCCGCCUGCGGCGGCAGCUGGAAUCGGGCAGCUUCGAGGCGCGGCUGUACGUGAAGCAGCUGUCGCAGCAGUCGGACGGGGACCGGGACCUGCAGGAGCACCGGCAGCGCAUCCAGGCGCUGGCCGAGGAGACGGCGCAGAACCUGAAGCGCAACGUCUACCAGAACUACCGGCAGUUCAUCGAGACGGCGCGCGAGAUCUCCUACCUGGAGAGCGAGAUGUACCAGCUGAGCCACCUGCUCACCGAGCAGAAGAGCAGCCUGGAGACCAUCCCGCUGACCCUGCUGCCGGCCGGGGCCGCCGCCGCCGCCGCGGGAGGGGAGGAGGGAGGCGGCGCGGCGGGCGGCCGGGACCACCACCACCACCACCACCUGCGGGGCCAGGCCGGCCUGUUCCCGGCCCCCGGGGGCGGCCCCCGCGACGGCGCGGGCCCCGGCGAGGACGGGAAGCAGCGCACGCUCACCACGCUGCUGGAGAAGGUGGAGGGCUGCCGGCACCUGCUGGAGAAGCCCGGCCAGUACCUGGUGUACAACGGGGACCUGGUGGAGUACGAGGCGGACCACAUGGCGCAGCUGCAGCGCGUGCACGGCUUCCUGAUGAACGACUGCCUGCUGGUGGCCACCUGGCUGCCGCAGCGGCGCGGCAUGUACCGCUACAACGCCCUCUACCCCCUGGACGGCCUGGCCGUGGUCAACGUCAAGGACAACCCGCCCAUGAAGGACAUGUUCAAGCUGCUCAUGUUCCCGGAGAGCCGCAUUUUCCAGGCGGAGAACGCCAAGAUCAAGCGCGAGUGGCUGGAGGUGCUGGAGGAGACCAAGCGGGCCCUGGGCGAGAAGAAGCGGCGGGAGCAGGAGGAGGCCGCCGCCGCCGCCCCGCGGGGGAUGCCCCCGGCGGCCGCCAAGGCCGGCAACCCGUUCGAGGAGGAAGAGGAGGAGGAGGAGGAGGAGGACGAGCCGGCCGCCCCCGAGGCGGAGGAGGAGAAGGUGGACCUGUCCAUGGAGUGGAUCCAGGAGCUGCCGGAGGACCUGGACGUGUGCAUCGCGCAGAGGGACUUCGAGGGCGCCGUGGACCUGCUGGACAAGCUGAACCGUUACCUGGAGGACAAGCCCAGCCCGCCGCCCGUGAAGGAGCUGCGGGCCAAGGUGGACGAGCGGGUGCGGCAGCUGACGGACGUGCUGGUGUUCGAGCUGUCCCCCGGCCGGUCCCUGCGCGGAGGCCCCAAGGCCACCCGGCGGGCCGUGUCCCAGCUCAUCCGGCUGGGCCAGUGCACGCGGGCCUGCGAGCUGUUCCUGCGCAACCGGGCGGCCGCGGUGCACACGGCCAUCCGCCAGCUGCGCAUCGAGGGCGCCACGCUGCUGUACAUCCACAAGCUCUGCCACGUCUUCUUCACCAGCCUCCUGGAGACCGCCCGGGAGUUCGAGACCGACUUCGCCGGCACGGACAGCGGCUGCUACUCGGCCUUCGUGGUCUGGGCCAGGUCGGCCAUGGGCAUGUUCGUGGACGCCUUCAGCAAGCAGGUGUUCGACAGCAAGGAGAGCCUGUCCACCGCCGCCGAGUGCGUGAAGGUGGCCAAGGAGCACUGCCGGCAGCUGGAGGACAUCGGCCUGGACCUCACCUUCAUCAUCCACACCCUGCUGGUCAAGGACAUCCAGGGCGCCCUGCACAGCUACAAGGAGAUCAUCAUCGAGGCCACCAAGCACCGCAACUCGGAGGAGAUGUGGAGGCGGAUGAACCUGAUGACGCCCGAGGCCCUGAGCAAGCUCAAGGAGGAGAUGCGGGCCUGCGGGGUGGGCAGCUUCGAGCAGUACACGGGCGACGACUGCUGGGUGAACCUGAGCUACACGGUGGUGGCCUUCACCAAGCAGACCAUGGGCUUCCUGGAGGAGGCGCUGCGGCUGUACUUCCCCGAGCUGCACAUGGUGCUGCUGGAGAGUCUGGUGGAGAUCAUCCUGGUGGCCGUGCAGCACGUGGACUACAGCCUCCGCUGGGAGCAGGACCCGGAGAAGAAGGCCUUCAUCCGCCAGAACGCGUCCUUCCUCUAUGAGACCGUGCUGCCCGUGGUGGAGAAGCGGUUCGAGGAGGGCGUGGGCAAGCCCGCCAGGCAGCUCCAGGACCUGCGCAGUGCGUCCCGGCUCCUCCGCGUCAACCCCGAGAGCACCACGUCCGUGGUCUGACGCCCGCCCGCCCGCCCGGGCCCGUGCGUGGGAGCGCGUGCGUGUGGCUCCCGUAUUAUUUAUAUUUAUGUCAGACCCCGUGAGCUUUGUCUCUGUAGUCUCCCUCAGCUUAGCGAUAAAAGAGGCCCUCUCGGAUAGAAAGAGGAAAGAAUGUUCCGUGAAGCCCACAUGACAAAAACAUGGCAAUUAAUAAAGUAUAGAAUAUGCUUUCCUUUUAUAUCAUGCUAACUCUCUAAUGGAUGUAUUAUCAGUUAUCAUUUCAGUUUAUCCUCUGAGUCCAGACAUCCUUUCUCACAGUAUCUACUAUGCAGCCACAGGGAAAUAAUGUCUGUAAGCGUUUUAUGCAGAGUUUUCCAGUUCAUCAAAAUGCUAGGUUUCUAAAGGGGCAAGUGCCAUAGAUACUUCCCCCCUCCCCCCCCCCCCCUUAAAAUGUGAUGGAACAAUCUGGGGGAAAGAAAGGAGUUGAGAAAAUUGGUUUUAAGGGUAAAUCUUGUUCAAAAGAAUUCUUACGUGAGAAUAGCUAGUUUGUGCAAAUAUUCUGAUCCUUAUACAAGAGGAAGCCUUCAUAAACCAGUUCAGCAGCUAUUUCCAAUGUGAUUCUAAUGGCUAUUUUCAGCUGCUAAUUGGUGGUUUUAUAAUGGGUUCGGAGCAUUUACUUGAAAAUCUUAGGGACUAUGAUAAAUUCCCUCCCCCCCCCCCCCCCCCAGCAUAUUUCUGAACUGUGGGAAUGCUCAGCUGGAGCAGUUGUCUUUAUCGUUAGGAAAAUAAGAAUCAGGACACACUGAGGAACUGGCAGUACCAGUGAGUUUUAGCUGGCCCUCCCCCUCCUAUAGUGGCUCAGCCUUCACGCACAUGGGAGAAAAGUUUUCACUGAAAUACUUGUUUAGAUUUCAGGGUCUGGUGGAUGGGAAAUUAGAAAAAUCAUAUGCAAACCCCACGGUGUUCUCAAGUAUAACUGGUUUUCUUUAUUGUUAAAAGUCUUCCAUGUCUCUUUUCCCCUGAUUGAUAACAGGUUUUUAAAAACAAAACAAAACAUGUUUUUGUUGAUUUUAGAGAGAAAGGGAGAGGGAUAGAUUAAAAACAUCAUGAGAGAGAGAGAUCGAUCAUCUGCCUCCUGCACACCCCCUGCAACCCGGGCCUGCGCCCUGACGGGGAAUCGAACCAGUGACCUGGUUCACAGGUCAGCAUUCAACCACUAACCACACCAGGCGAGCUCAGGGAUAACUGCUUUGAGUAGAGAACUGUUUUUGCUUUUUUUGUAACAAAGCGGAAGAACAGAAAGAUGAGAAGAGGGUGACUCCUUCAAUGCUGCAGGCUGCGUUUUUGUGGCAGUUUUAUCUUUUGUUUUACUUGCUUUGUUUUUUAAAGUGAACAGAAUGCUUACCUCAGAUUCUUUCUGGAAAACAAGAAUAACCGUAGGAAUUUGAAUUUCCCAAGGCCUCUAACCUGUUGCUUCUAGUGUAUAAUAUGUUGAUUGUAUACAAUGCCUCACACUUUGGAGACUUUGUGCCAGCUGAGAUCCAUUUCCCCCUGGCUUGUAGUGAUUUUUCUCCGUAAGUGCCAUUCCUAAUGCCAGUUCCUUAAAAAGGUCAUUUCUCUUAUCUAGAUAAAAAUAGUGGUAUGAAGACUGUGGAAAUUACAUAAAACCACAAAUAGGGUCCCGAAUGCUGGCUCAGCAUUGUAACGUUUCUUGAGUUAAUUUGACUCAUGCCAAAGGAUCCUUUAUGGUUAGCUAGGCCUACUGAAAAGGUUGAAAAUAAUCAAAGUUACAAAUUUUCCUUGACUAACUCUUUUUUUACAUAUCUAGGGUAUGUUUCAGCUAAACAAAAAGUUAUAAUUUGUCUUUUAAGAUCACUGGAAACUUGGAUUUGAUUUUUUUAAAAAUUGUAAUAAAUUUGUGCCACUUACAGUUUCUAAAAUAUUGUUUGUGGCACAUCCUGUGUGACUGUUUGAGGCUGGGUAGGUAAAAAACGAUCCUUCUGAAAUCAAAACUUCUUUUUUAAGGAGUGAAGCUGUCAAAACUUAAGUGUGUACACUCCGAUAUGCAGAUGGUUGCUUCUUCUUAGGGCCGUCUGCUCUAUAGAACCGGAAGUGGGAAUUUUCUUCUGUUCAAACUUAUGUGCUCAAUCAAAGCUGUAGCUGAAGGAAGUGUGCUGGCCGUCAGCUCCUGUGGGGGACUGGGUGAGGACCACCAAUCUUAAGAGUGUACCACUGUGCCAGGAGAGCAGUUAUGGCCGCUCUUCCAGGUGGGGGCAAAGCUCCUCUCAUUCUUGUCUCAUUGGACUCCAAGUCAAGUUCAGAACUUGAACGCGCUUAGUAGCACGUGCUGCCACAUACCACUCACGGCUGAUUGCCCCGUUUGCUGUCACCUGUGCUUUGAGUCGCAGACUUGAUCGAACUCAUUACUGGUGAGAAAAGACAUCCUGUGGAAUGAAGUCUCUCUAAUGAGAGUCUCUUGUUUUUGUUUAAAAUACUACCUAGAGUUCAAUGACCCGCGUUUGUAUUUUGCAACUUGCUUACCUGGGACUGGGAAUUGGGGCCUGACAUGCAGUAUGACGUCAGACUAUGUACGUUUCGCCUGUUGGUAUGCUGUGAUAGGAGGCAAUCUGAAAUAUGUAUCAAAAUAAAGCUGACAACGUUUCUUACACUGGA